UCCGCGAAUUAUCGUGCUCGAGGAACUUCCAUCGGCGGCGGAAUUCGCGUCUCGGAUUGAAUCCACAAACCUUCCCGCCGUAUGUUUCCGAUUCAAUCGCCACUCAGAAAACUCUUUCGUUAGCUCGUAGAAACUUACUCACACUCUCUCUCCCUUUUUCUCUCUGCUAUCGAAAAGGUUUUCAAAGGAUGCGUUAAGAACUGGAAAGCUUUAUCCAAAUGGAACCCCGCGAAUGGCGGUCUCGACUAUUUUCAGGAUCGUGUGUUGUGGAGGCUAUGCUAUCUAAAUCUGCGCCCGUGUUCUAUGGUGAUCUUAGAAGCCAUGAGAGGGUUCCUUUACCAUUUUCUGCAUUCAUUGGUUUCUGUAAGCAACGAAUGCGAAACAAAGAUGAUGGUCCCGGUGUUAGUUCUGAAUUGGAAGAUUCAACUAAUGGUUGUUUGCCCUAUGAUGAUGCUCCUCAACAAAUCUAUUUAGCACAGGUGCCGAUUAUGCGUAUUGAAGGUGAAGAUAAGGUUCAGUUGGAGGCAUUAAGAGAAGAUAUUUGUACGCCUUUGCUUUUGGAGGAAAAGGUUUUAGCUUCUGUCAAUCUGUGGAUGAACUGUGCGCAAGCUAGAUCGAGUACCCACUAUGAUCCACACCAUAAUCUUCUAUGCUUAGUUGCUGGCUGUAAACAAGUGGUUUUAUGGCCUCCUUCCACAAGUCCCAUGCUAUAUCCAAUGCCCAUACACGGCGAGGCAUCAAACCACAGUGCACUUUCUCUAGAAAACCCGGAUUUUUCAGUUUAUCCACGAGCAAAAUGCUUAAUGGACUACUCACAGAAGGUUAUUCUCUGUGCAGGUGAUGCACUCUUCAUUCCUGAAGGAUGGUUUCACCAAGUAGAUAGUGAUGAUUUGACUAUUGCUGUUAACUUUUGGUGGCAAUCCAGUGUUAUGUCAAACAUGUCAGAACAUAUGGAUGCCUAUUAUUUGAGAAGAGUAUUAAGAAGAUUGACAGACAGGGAAAUGAAUGAAGUUCUGCAUAAAGCUUCUUCUACAGAGAAGCAGAAUAUGAUGAGGCAGACGCAUGAACUGCUUGGUAAUGGAGAAGCAGCUGGUAGUACCAUUGAACUGGAUCAUGCAUGCGUGGAAAAGGAUGUAAAAGAAAAAGAACCGGGGCAGAAAGCUAUGUUGCAUCAACUGGAACCACUUGCCAUCCAGGCACUUCAUGUUCUUGUUUCUUUAGUUCAUGAUCGGAUUAGUAUUGCUGAUAGGGGUGAACUGAUGCAUUCUGCAUCAAGAACUGUUUCUGACGCUAGCGUUGAAGUUGAACACAAAAAGACCAUGACAACUAAUUCAUUUAGCUUGGAAGAUGACCCAGUAGCCAAGAUUCUGUCGGCCCUUGAACCAUGCGCUCUUCAAAAUGUCUUUCUUGCAAUGGCACACAACUUCCCAAGAACUCUGGAGGGUCUAAUACUUCAUUUGCUUUCACCAGUGGCAGCAGAAGUCCUUACACGUAAAUUUGACGAGCUAGAUCGACUCAUCACUGAGGAUGAGCGGAACAAAUUCUACCAGGUUUUCUAUGGUGUCUUUGAUGAUCAGUUUGCUGCAAUGGAUGCUAUUCUAAAUGGUAAAGAAUCAUUUGCACUCCAGGCAUUCAAGAAUGUGUUGGAAAAGUAUUUGGGAGUGAAUUCUGUUGGGUCAAUACCAGGGAUCAGAUGAUGAUGAUUUUUUAGACAUACAAUGCUACCAACUUAAAGAAAUUGGUCCCUCCCGAAUCUUGAGGGAGAAAAUCGAUGCAUUCACUGCUGUAGCUUUUCUUCUCUCACAAGAUAUUCUUCCAUGUGUUCACCACAGGUUUUUUGUAGGAUUAAAAUCAUCGCAAACUUUGACUAGAACUGUAAAUGCUGUAUGCGUCGGAUGUCUACACUCCAUCCAAAUUAUUGUUAAACAAUUCUGAAGGGUUCAGUUUAAAUAUUCAUGUUCUGCAUUUCUCUAAAAUCUGACAACUGGUAUAUUUUUCAGUGAUUCAAAAUAUUAU